AUGUCAAGGACAUCCUCAGUAUCAGAUGGCGACAUGUCGUCCUUCAGCGGUCACGACGAUUACGAUUACGAAACCGAUUGCACGACACCCGCUCCAUCAUGUUCUGGAGAACACAUGGAGAACGAAGAAGUUGAGACUUUCAGAGAUCGAGAGUACCCUCAACUCGCAGGCAAAAUCUAUCUUGAUCAUGGAGGAUCAACACUCUAUGCCAAGUCAAUGGUCGAGGCCUUUUCGAAGGAUUUAAUAACCAAUCUAUAUGGCAACCCUCACUCAGAUUCAACACCUUCUGCUAUUGCUGGUCACCGGAUAGACGCCAUCCGCGAAAAGGCACUGCGCUUCUUCAAGGCCGAUCCCGAAGAGUGGGAUUUGGUCUUUGUCGCCAACGCUACUGCCGCCAUCAAGCUUACGAUUGAAUGUAUCAAAGACCAUGCCGCUUCGACACAUAAGCAACUCUGGUAUGGCUACCACCGUGAUGCUCACACAAGUCUCGUCGGCAUUCGCGAGCUCACACCUACGAGUCGUUGCUUUGGCAGCGAUGAAGAGGUAGAGAAGUGGAUUGAGUGCGGUGGUGCUGGUGGCCCAUUGCCUCGCCAAUUGGGUCUUUUUGCCUACCCCGGCCAGUCAAACAUGACCGGACGUCGUCUCCCCCUCAGCUGGCCCGGCAUGAUCAGAGAAAAGAUUCUUCGAGCCAACACCUACACACUACUUGACGCUGCGGCUCUCGCCAGCACAGCACAAUUGGACCUCAGCAACACAAGCGAAAGUCCCGACUUCGUGGCCCUCAGCUUCUACAAGAUCUUCGGCUUCCCUAACAUUGGAGCCUUGCUUGUGCAGAAGUCUUCAGCCCAUGUCCUCGCAAAUCGCAAGUACUUUGGCGGUGGCACAGUCGAUAUGGUAGUGACUCUCAAUGAUACCUGGCACGCUCGCAAGACUGCCACGGUUCACGAUGCACUGGAAGAUGGCACUCUACCUUUCCACUCAAUUUUCGCCCUCGACCACGCCAUGGACGUUCACGAACGCCUGUAUGGCCCUGAACCCAUGAAAUUCAUUUCCCGCCAUACAGCCCAACUCUCCAAAAUCCUGCACGACAACUUACACAAUCUCCGCCAUCGCAAUGGCAAAUCCGUCAUUCGCAUCUACAAAGAACCCAGCACUGUCUACGGUGACAGCAAAACCCAAGGCGCCACCGUCGCGUUCAACGUCCUCACAUCUUCCGGCUCCCUCAUUGGCUACACCGAAGUCGAAAAAGCCGCGAACGAUGUGGGUAUUUACAUCCGCAGCGGCUCCCUCUGCAACCCAGGCGGUAUGGCAACCUAUCUCUCCUGGACACCUUCAGAAAUGCGCGAAGCCUUUUCCUCUGGCCAUCGCUGCAGCAAACCUACUGAAAUCUACCACGGCAAAGCUACAGGUGUUGUCAGAGUAUCGCUCGGCGGCAUGAGUACUGCUUCUGAUAUCAGGGCUCUCAUGUGUUUCUUGAGGGAGAAGUAUGUGGAUGUUACUCCACCGUCACCCGCGAGGAAUAUUUCCAAGCAACCGCUUUCUGCGCAGCGGGCUUCUUUCAUCAAGAUCCAGAUUCCUGAAGAGAGCACUGCUGUGGCUGCUACGACGAAAGCAGUUGCUGCAAGGGCACCUAUGAUUGCUCCUCCCUCGAGACCUCCUCCUGCUAUUCGAAACCGUCUGCGCAAAUCAUUCGAUUUCAGCACCGGCUCCCCUGGCAGUUCUGUGACUUCCAUCUCCAGUGCCGGUCUUCCUCGCUCUCAAUCUUCCAAUCUCAUCGGCUUGAAGUCCAAGCCUGCUCUCAGUAGACGUACUUCCCUGCUCGGUCACUCGAUAAAGCCAACUGCACCGGGCCGAUGGGAUAACUUUUGGAGAGAGGAGACGAAUGCACUUGUCGCCGCUGGAGCUGUAGAAGUCGAGGUUCCUGACAUCAAGAAGAAGGAAAAAGAACCGCAGAAAGAACAGCAUAAGGAAAAGGAAAGAGGAGGAUUCAGAAAGGUAGCAAGGGCAUUGACGAUGUCGAGACGGUGA